CAGCUACCUUCCAUGCUUCCACCAAGAUUAUUAUUGUUUGAGGACCUGGAAAAAGAGGCGAUCGACGCCGAAGUGUGUGUUAUUAUUUACAUUUUUUCGUCAGAAAACGUAGUGAUUGACCUGAGUUUCACAGUCACAGUCAUACUUAGACUUGUGAACUGUAGCUAAGUUGAAUAAUUUCUGUACCGAGAUCUUCAUAACUAUUUGUUCAAUUUUAGUGACUAACUUAUCACUUAUUGCGCGAUAUCAGGGCUCCAAUUUCGACACUUCUGGCGACUCAGUUUUGAUUAAUUCCAGUUUUGUCCAGCAAGUCGUAGUUUAGAUCGAUUAUGUCGGUCGCUUAUUUUCUGCAUCAUUAUCUCGCCAUUCAGUGGUAUACAUUUGUCAUUUCGUCCAAUUGAUUUAACUCUGCGAGAAAUAGGAGUGCCUUCCAUCCUGCUGCCAUUAGCAUCAACUUCAGAAAAUAUCCUCGAUUGAACUUCAGGCUCUCAAUUUCGAAUCAUCCCGGAAUCCUGUUAACAGUUGCGUUUGUGCUCCUCCAAGCUUCUAAAAAACUCAACAUGUCUCAAACACUAGCAAAUACUGACAAAGAGGCCAUUGUCAAAGAGUCACUUCUCAAAUUUUUGCAGCAAUUCAUAACAACAGCACAACUGAGCUCUAUUGAUGAUAUAGUUUUAAACUAUGUGGUCAGCAUCCUUGAAGAUGUAGGAGAGGAGAGUGGAGAGGACAGUUUUGACGUAGAUGCUUUUUCAGAAAUGAUGUCAGCAUAUAUUCCUGAGUUUUCAUGCAUUGCUAAUGUUGAUGUUUGUCAUUGGGUGUUCGAUCUCGCCGCAUCUCUGCGUGAGGAACAAUCAUCUCGAAAUAGUGGGAAACUCACUUUGGAACAAAGUAUAGAUGAACUUCUCUCUCCUUUGAACAUAUCUGUGCCGCAAAAGCCCAUCCCUGAAUUGCACACACUCUCAAAGCUGGAUACCAGCUCAUCUGGAAGUAGUUGCAGCUCUGACAGCUAUAUCGACACCAAUGAUCAUGAGACUGUUCAAGCGUUGAUUGAAAUGUUUCCCGGAGUAAGCGAACUGGAGAUUCGGCAUUGUCUAACGAUUGCCAACGAUGACCUUACUCAAGCAACUCAAGUUUUGUUACAUCGUCGAGAGACAGGCCAGAGUCUAGCUUGCAAUGCAACUUUGUAUCAGUGCAGCAACAAGAGAACACCAUCUUUAGCUGAUGACGAAGAAUUAAAGUCCCGGAUAAUUGCUCGGUAUAGUUAUGUUGAUAAAGAUGAAGACUCAAAAGAACACAAACCAGUUGCUCCUAAAAUUGAACCAAAAAAAUUGGUACGGUAUAGAGAUAAUAAAAUUGUGAGUUUGAAAGGUGAAAGAUUUACUGAGGUGAAAUCAGAAAAUGCUGAAGAAACCACAAAGAAAUCAUCAUCAGUGCGUCCAGGUAAAACCUACUGAUGACCCCUAAUCCUUAGGCUUAUCUCCAUUUUACUGUCAGGUCAGUAUUUCUUAUGCCCACUUUCAUGACAAGACGAGAUAGUUUAGCAGUUUUUAGAUGUUUAGUCAUCGUUAUCAUUUUUGAUAAUUAUUUUCUGUGAUUUUUACUAAAUGUUUGACAUUGCAAAGGGCUGAUUUUUAAAACAGCUGUUUUCAUCAUCACUCAAAAUUAUAUUGGUCAGAAAGUGAUGUGGUAAAUACCCUCAGGAAAUGAGAAUUGAGAAGAAUUUCCUUUUUAGAUUGUUGAG